AUGAAGAAGAAGAUCGCCUUGUCAGUCAACGCCGGAUCCUCCUCGGUGAAGGUCUCGGUGUAUGAUGUAGAGUUUGGUCAGGCACCAGUCCAGCUCGCAGAAGCUCAGAUCAGUGGUUUGACAUCACCACCCCCCACCCUCAAGUAUGUCCGAGAUGGGAAGACGGUCAUCAAGGCCAAGGAGGUGGACGAUAACAUAGAGGGCCAGCGCGAUGCCUUCUCCCUUCUGUUGGAAACUUUGGUCGAAGAUGAGGACCUCCCGCAGAUCAAGAGCAAGGAAGACAUUGGCAUCGUCUGCCAUCGAAUCGUCCAUGGCGGCGACUACAGCAAGCCGCAACUGAUAUCCAAUGAAACCUACGAACACCUCGAGAACCUGAACGACUUGGCUCCUCUUCACAAUGCAAACAGUCUGGGUAUUGUCCAGCUUUGCAUCCGUGCCUUGCCAACGGCAAACAACGUGGCCUGCUUCGACAGUCAGUUCCAUUCAACCAUCCCAGAGCACAUUCGCACUUACCCCAUCAACCGUGACAUUGCUCGAAGCAAUAAACUGCGGAAAUACGGAUUCCACGGCAUAAGCUACGCCUUCAUCACACGCUCAGCCGCCGAGUUUCUGGGAAAGGAGCCCGACGAGGUAAACAUCAUCGCCCUCCACCUCGGAUCCGGAGCCAGCGCCUGUGCCAUCAAAAACGGCAAAAGCUGGGACACCAGCAUGGGGCUGACCCCCCUCGCCGGCCUCCCAGGCGCCACACGUAGCGGAAGUGUUGAUCCCAGCCUAGUAUUCCACUACGCCUCCGACGUAGGCAAACUCUCCCCCGCCUCAACCUCAGACCUCCACAUCUCCCGCGCCGAAGAAAUCCUCAACAAAGAAUCCGGCUGGAAAGCCCUCACCGGCACAACAGACUUUGGCAAAAUCACCUCCUCGGCCUUUUCCUCCUCCUCCUCCUCCUCCUCCUCCUCCUCCGACGACGACGACGACGACCACGAAGUGAUGAAGCUAGCCUUUGACCUCUUUGUGGACCGCAUUUGCGGCUUCAUCGGCUCGUACUACGUCUCCCUCCGCGGCAAAGUCGACGCUCUAGUCUUUGCCGGCGGCAUAGGCGAGAAGAGCCCCCAGCUUCGAGCCGCGGUCGUGGACCAGAUCAGUUGCUUGGGGUUUCAGAUUGACGACGAGGUCAACAACAAGAACGAAAUCAGGAAUGUGGUGGAGGAAGUGGGUAAAAAGGGGGGGUUGGACGAGCCGAGGGUGUUGGUUGUGCAGACGGAUGAGCAGUUUGAGAUGGCGAGGGCGUGUGCAGAGGAUGCGGAGUUUUGGUAA